CCCAUUCUGCCCCUCGCCUACCUCACCGCUUUUCCUUCUUCUCUUCCUUCCCCUCCUACUGGUAUAAAUGCAUACGAAGUUACGAGGUCGAUAGAGCUAUUGACGUUUCAUCUCCUUCCUUUCCUCGGAUGCACGUUGAGUAAGAGAGUUCUCUUGUGAGAUUCACAUCUUCGCCUCCGGUACGUUCCUGGUAAUACUGUACGAUGCCUGGGUUAGCUAUGAAUGAAUUGGAUGCGAAUGGAACAGCAGACGAACGUUAUGUUCUUCGAAAGGAAAACUUUGCUCUGCAAGGAUCUCCAAGAAGUCCAUUGAGUCCAAGAAGUAUUCAGAGUGACUCAAUUGAUCUGACCAUCGAUGGGGUGGUGGGUACCUCCAUAGAGCAACUGUAUCACAAUGUGUGUGAAAUGCAGAGCUCUGAUCAAUCACCCUCAAGGGCUAGCUUUUACUCAUAUGGGGAGGAAUCCAGGAUCGAUUCCGAAUUACGCCAUUUCGUUGGAGAUAUUACAGAUUCAGAGAUCACGAAGGAGGUGGUCACUGAGAGUAAAGAAAAUUGCAGUACUUUUGGUUCAACUCCAGAGAAAGAUGUUGCGUUAAGUGGUAAGAAGUCUACAAAGAUGGAUAAGAACCAAUCAGAAAGUCCAGGGGUUGUUGAAGGGUCAGCCAAAUCAACUAAAAGCAAAAAUUUGCGUGAGAAGCCACCGAUAGACAAGAGGAAUGAGAAGAGUCAGAGAAAAGCAAGUUCAUUUUACAACAUGAGGAAGCAGAGGAACCUUGGUGCGCUUGGCGUAAAGUUUCAAGAUGGGAUUGAGGAUCGUAUUGCUGCUGGACUAGAUAACCCAGACCUCGGACCAUAUUUACUAAAGCAAACAAGAGAUAUGAUCUCUGCCGGUGAGAAUCCCCAGAAGGCUCUUGAUUUGGCUCUUCGAGCUGCAAAGUCAUUUGAGAUGUGUGCAAAUGGGAAGCCUAAUCUAGAAAUGGUCAUGUGUUUGCAUGUCUUGGCAACAAUAUACUGCAACCUGAGGCAAUACAAUGAAGCUAUUCCUGUUCUUGAACGAUCCAUUGAUAUUCCUGUUUUAGAGAAUGGCCAAGAUCAUGCACUAGCUAAGUUUGCAGGAUGCAUGCAAUUGGGUGACACUUAUGCAAUUAUGGGGCAGAUUGAGAAUUCAAUACUUUUAUACACGGCAGGUCUAGAAAUCCAAAGGCAAGUUUUGGGGGAAACAGACCCAAGAUUUGGUGAGACAUGUCGUUACGUGGCUGAGGCGCAUGUUCAAGCGCUGCAGUUUGACGAGGCUGAGAAGCUUUGCCAGAUAGCAAUUGACAUUCACAGGGGGAAUGGUUCUCCUGCUUCUCCUGAAGAAGCAGCAGAUAGGAGACUCAUGGGGCUUAUCUGUGACUCAAAGGGUGAUUUUGAAUCAGCUCUUGAGCAUUAUGUUUUAGCAAGCAUGGCCAUGGCAGCAAAUGGUCAGGAAGUAGAAGUGGCUUCCAUUGAUUGCAGCAUUGGUGAUGCUUAUCUGUCUUUGGCACGUUAUGAUGAGGCAGUCUUUGCUUAUCAGAAAGCCCUCAUGGUGUUCAAGUCAGCCAAAGGAGAGAAUCACCCAACAGUUGCUUCAGUUUAUGUCAGGUUAGCUGACUUAUACAACAAAAUAGGCAAGUUCAAGGAAUCAAAGUCUUAUUGUGAAAAUGCACUCAGAAUUUUCGGGAAGCCAAAUCCAGGGUUCCCUUCUGAAGAGAUUGCAAGUGGCUUAAUAGAUGUUGCGGCCAUUUAUCAGUCAAUGAAUGAUGUGGAGCAAGGUUUGAAGUUACUGAAGAAGGCCUUGAAGAUGUACGGAAACUCGCCGGGUCAGCAAUGCACUAUUGCUGGAAUUGAGGCUCAGAUGGGGGUAAUGUAUUAUAUGAUGGGAAACUAUUCUGAUUCUUAUAACAUUUUCAAAAGUGCUAUUGCCAAGUUUCGUGCCAGUGGAGAGAAGAAAUCUGCUUUGUUUGGGAUUGCUUUAAACCAAAUGGGUCUGGCCUGCGUGCAGCGUUAUGCAAUAAAUGAAGCAGCAGAUUUAUUUGAGGAGGCCAAAGGUAUUUUGGAAAAAGAAUAUGGUCCGUAUCACCAUGACACCUUAGGGGUUUAUAGCAAUCUAGCAGGCACUUACGAUGCAAUGGGCAGGGUUGAUGAUGCCAUUGGAAUUUUGGAAUACGUUGUUGGUAUGAGAGAAGAGAAGCUUGGAACAGCAAAUCCUGACGUGGCUGAUGAGAAGCGAAGAUUGGCUGAGCUGUUGAAAGAAGCAGGCAGGGCACGGAACACAAAAUCUAGAAGAUCCCUUGAAACUCUCCUUGAUGCCAACUCUCAGAUUAUAGAAAAUAAUGGCAUUAAGGUUACCUAAAGUCUUACAUGUAUAUAAUAUACGACAGAUUAAUUAGUUGGUGUGCAAUGUGUUAUCAUUGUUUGAAAGUAUAAAACAAUAAAAUUUAGGGGGGAAGUUGAAACAGGUUCUGUUUCUCAAUAGUGAAUCAUUUUAUUGCUCGAAGACCUCUGGAGAAGUUACCUUUUGUGAAUAUAUUUUCCAUAGAACAGAGGAGAGUUCUCAUUCUUUCAA